UUAGAAAUAAAACUGCCGGGGCUGAGCGAGAGCAGAGGCUGUUCGGUUGGAGCUGUGGUCGGAUGCCUGAGGAGAGGAGAGCGUGAUUGAGGAGAGGACGGACGUCACUGUGUCUGACUGGAAUUAACCCGGGAGCAAAGGAGUGGAGGCGGAGCCGCAAAGCAGCGCUGUCAGCGGCGGCAUAGACAUAUCAGUGUAAGCCGCCAGUAUUAAGGGAAGAGACGCGGGGAGGAGCGAGACAGUGAGACGAGACUCCAGGGAGGAGCUAUACCGUUGGGCAGCCAAGGUCUCCAUGUGACGGAUGAGCGGCCGAGGUCCUCUGGAGAGGGGAGCUGGGACGGAGCAGCCUCCUGAGAAGGGAGAUAUCAUACCACUGCCUCCGCUGUACUUAAACAUACAAUUAUACUUACCGUCGAAGGGUUCAGCAGGACGUGACUGACCUGGAAAAGAAGAGGAAGAAACAUACAAUUAUACUUACCGUCGAAGGGUUCAGCAGGACGUGACUGACCUGGAAAAGAAGAGGAAGGAUUUGAGGAUUUGCUGAUUACCCUGAACGGGACAUCCCGCUCUCAGAUCCACUCCACCAGGCUGGUAGCCAGGACGAGAGACGAGACUCCAUGCAUUUGCUUUUCCGGCUGAGCCAUUACCAGAAGGGAUGCGGCUAGCCAGGUGAAGCUAGGAGCCUGAUCUGCACACGUCCGCAUACAAGCGGCUACAGCAUUCCGAGGGGAGAGGAUCAUCAAAAACCGCGAUCAACGCUAACGGGAGCCAGCCAAUCAGAGCUUCCCAGGCUGCAGCUGUCACUCACAGGUGAGGAAUGAGAGAGAGUGCAAAGACAGCAUCCAAAGUCAGGGAUACCUCUGCAGAGAGCUCAGCCUGCAUAGGACACAAAGGGGCACAGCUCAGCUUGCAUAUGAGACAUAGAGGAACAGCUCAGCCUGCAUAUGAGACAUAGAGGAACAGCACAGCCUGCAUAUGUGACACAGAGGAACAGCACAGCCUGUGUAUGAGACAGAGGAAGAGCACAGCCUGUGUAUAAGACACAGAGGAAGAGCACAGCCUGCAUAUAAGAUACAGAGGAAGAACACAGCCUGCGUAUAAGACACAGAGGAAGAACACAGCCUGCGUAUAAGACACAGAGGAAGAACAGCCUGUGUAUAAGACACAGAGGAAGAACACAGCCUGUGUAUAAGACACAGAGGAAGAGCACAGCCUGUGUAUAAGACACAGAGGAAGAGCACAGCCUGUGUAUAAGACACAGAGGAAGAACACAGCCUGUGUAUAAGACACAGAGGAAGAAUACAUCCUGCGUUUAAGACACAGAGGAAGAGCACAGCCUGUGUAUAAGACACAGAGGAAGAACACAGCCUGCGUAUAAGACACAGAGGAAGGGCACCACAGCUUGUGCCAGGGUCAGUUUCUGCUGAAUAUUCAGAGACCUGAAUAGAAGACACUCUCUGGGACAGGCACAGUCUGAGUAGGACCCUGCAGCUGGAGUUGGAGCCUGUUUGGGGCAAGGAGGUUGCUGAAUUCCUCUGCGCUGCUGCUAACCUCUGCAUUAUCUCUGGAUGACAGGGAAGACUCUCCAUAGAUGAGAUCUCCUGUGUCUCUCUGUGACAUCUCCCCAGGAGGACCCUCAGUUGCUGCAGACACCCGGAUAAUCCCCACCAAGCGGAUGAUCCCUACAGCUCCGAGCCUGGGGUCUCAGGUGGCUGCCGCCCAGUGAUCAUUACCUGCUGCGGAUAGUACAUAGGGAGACCAAGCCCCAGCUCAGACGCUUCCAGAUGGCCCUGCGCAGCUCCGGCAGCCUCACCCCAUUCUCCAUCCAGGCCAUCCUGAACAAGAAGGAGGAACGCGGGGCAGGGUUCCCCCGGCUGGCGCGCCUGCUCCCCGCCGGCAGCCCCACCACCCCUGCCUGCUGCUGGAGGCUGUUCGGUGAGGUGGACGCGGGACUGACCUCUCCCUGCGGCGGGGCUCGGGGGCCAGGGAGGGAGCAGGCUGCCUGGGACUCGGACUCGGCUCUCAGUGAGGAAGGAGAACCUGGGAGGCCGGGGGAAGGGGAGCUGAUGGAGGGGUCGAGGCUCAGGAAGGAUCAGCGGCUGCUGGAGGCCAGACCUAAGGGGGAGGAAGAGGAGGAGACCCCGGGCUGCAGUGACUGCGAGCUGGCCGCCAGUGUCUCAGACCCCAGCCCCCUAGAUGAGGACCCGAAGUGCGAGCAGCUCCAGCUGGAGGCCCCCAAGCAGAGGAAGAAGCGCUCCCGGGCCGCCUUCUCCCAUGCCCAGGUCUUUGAGCUGGAGAGACGAUUCAACCACCAGCGAUACCUGUCCGGGCCGGAGCGAGCAGACUUAGCAGCCUCCCUGAAGCUGACCGAGACCCAGGUGAAGAUCUGGUUCCAGAACCGACGCUACAAGACCAAGCGCCGACAGAUGGCGGCCGAUCUGCUAGCUACAGCGCCUGCGGCCAAAAAGGUGGCCGUGAAGGUCCUGGUGAGAGACGAUCAGAGACAGUAUCAGCCUGGGGAGGUGCUGCGGCCCUCACUAGUGCCCCUGCAGCCCCCCUACUACUACCCCUACUACUGUGCUCUGCCUGGCUGGACGCUAUCGGCAGCUGCCGCCGCCGCAGCCGCCGCGGCCGCCUGCACUGGGGGAACGCCUUAACGCUACAGGGCUCAGGCAGAUAUUUAUUGCUCCUUAGUCCAAAGGCAGGGGAGCCGCUGUCAGCCUACUGACCCCAUCGCAAGUCUUUAAACUAAAGUGGGACAUGACUUGAAUGUGAAAGGAUCAAAAUGCGCAGGCUUUGUCCAUGGUAUCCAUGCUGUCCGUCUAUGUAUAGGUUUUAUAUAUAUUAUAGAUACAUAUAUUUUUAUGGAUUGCUGUUACUCUGGUUGGAAACCAGUCAGGUGGUGCUAGCAGAGAGGGAAUGACAGAGCCCAAGGACACCCAGUCUAUAACUGACUCUAUGGGGGCUAUUUGUGAGGCCCUAAGGGGCUUUAAUAGGUCUUGUGCCUCUUGUUUCAGUUUCUAAUACUUCUUUUCCCCAGUCCUAUUCCCAUCCUCAGCAGCAUGAAAUGGUUUUAUCCGCAGGAAAGCUGAGACCGAGUCUGGGACUUUCUAGGCAUUUCCCUGGGUGCACUUUCCUGGUAUACACAGACUUGUUUUCAUAUGCAAUGUGAAUAUUUUUUUAAUGUUCAAUGAGGAUUUCACGAAUGGGCCGGUGUCUUCCAAGGAAUCCUGGGCUGCUUCUCCCACAGCCAGUUCCUGGUCCCCGGGCCGUGCAGCGUGUGGGCUCAGCAAGCAGCAACAACUGUGCAAUCACGUUAUAGCUUUCUUACCGAGAGGCUUUGUGAAUACUUUGUAAGAUGCUGUACUUUUUUUCUAAUUUAUAAACUACGGUUUAAAGCAAAA